CGGAGUUUCUACGUUGCAGUUGGAUCAAAUAAUUCCUGCCAGUGUCCCGCAUCAGUCCAUGCCUUUCGUCUCCCUCCUCAACCGUUAAUCCAACCAAAAUCCCUUCCGCCAGUGAUAGUGAUUCUUCAAUGUCCCUCACGAUACCUCAGGCCUCUCAGGCGGGCCUUUUCAAGCCGGGAUACACGAGUUACGAUGCCGAAGAUGGCGCCGUCAUCCGCAACAUCGACGCCUGCCGGACGAUUGCACAGACGGUGCAAACAUCAUUAGGACCGUACGGACGCAACAAAAUCGUCAUCAACCACCUUUCGAAAAUGAUUCUGACAUCUGAUGCCGCCACGAUCCUGCGUGAACUCGAAGUAGUACAUCCAGCGGCCAAACUCUUGGUCAUGGCCAGUCAACAGCAAGAAGCCGAGAUGGGCGACGGGACCAAUAUGGUCAUUGUGCUGGCGGGCGAAUUGCUGAAGAAGGCGGAAGAGUUGAUUCGAAUGGGACUCAAAACAAGUGAUAUUGUUAGUGGGUAUGAGAAGGCGCAGGCAUAUGCGCUGAAGGCGUUGGAAGAGCUCGAAGUCGACAGUGUAGCCGACGUCCGGUCACCGGAAGAAUUGCGCAAAGCCCUUCGAACCGUCAUUGCGGCCAAACAGUCGGGCUCCGAGGAUGUCUUGUCCAAGCUGAUCGCCGAGGCUGUUCUGGCUGUGCUACCCAAGAAUCCGGCCAACUUCAACGUCGACAAUAUCCGAGUGGUCAAGAUCAUGGGAGGAGACUUGUCGUCGUCAAAGGUUGUGAAAGGAAUGGUAUUUGGCCGGGAACCUGAGGGAUCAGUCAAAAAAGCGAAAAACGCCAAAGUCGGAGUCUUCUCGUGUCCGAUCGACAUUUCUCAGACCGAGACGAAGGGGACCGUGUUACUACACAAUGCCAAGGAGAUGAUGGAUUUCUCUAAAGGCGAAGAAUCCCAGCUGGAAGCGGCGAUCAAGGAACUCUACGAUAGCGGACUGAGGGUGGUGGUUGCGGGCGCUAAUGUCGGGGAACUGGCAUUACAUUUUUUGAACCGAAUGGGGAUCCUGGUGAUCAAAGUGCUCUCCAAGUUUGAGCUGCGCAGACUGUGUCGCGUCUGUGGUGCCACGCCUCUUGCACGUCUGGGAGCACCCAUGCCCGAUGAGAUGGGCAGCAUCGACAUCGUCGAGACCAUGGAAAUCGGCGGCGACCGAGUCACCGUGUUCCGGCAAGAGUCCGACUCGGCCGUCACGCGCACCGCCACUAUUGUGCUCCGAGGAGCCACGCAGAACCAUUUGGACGAUGUGGAGCGGGCCAUCGACGACGGGGUUAAUGUCAUCAAGGCUGUCACCAAGGACUCGCGACUCGUGCCUGGUGCCGGUGCCACUGAGAUGCAACUCGUCGAACGGCUGGGCCAUUAUGCAGACAAGACGCCCGGUCUGCCUCAGUACGCCAUCAGAAAAUAUGCCGAGGCCUUUGAGGUUAUUCCGCGCACGUUGGCUGAAAGUGCUGGGCUCGAUGCCACUGAGGUUUUGGCGAGAUUGUAUACUGCGCACCAACAGCGGUUGAACACGAGUGAAGUGAAGAGCCGGUCUGGAGCCCGAAAACCCACCAAGGGUGACGAAGUUGAGGAAAGUGAUGAUGAAGAAGAAGAAGAGGAAAGCGCCUCGUCUUCGUCCUCGGCUGACACAUCCGACUCAGAGGAGCCGUAUUGGACUACCGGGGUCGAUGUCGAUGCCUCAGAUGCCUCGGGUAUUCUGGAUGCUGUGGAAGAACAGAUUCUCGAUCUCCUUGUGACAAAAAGCUGGGCUAUUCGGUUGGCCACUGAGGCCGCCAGAACGGUUCUGAGCGUUGAUCAAAUCAUUGUCGCUCGCCAGGCUGGUGGGCCGAAACCGCCUGGGCCAAAUCCUAACUGGGACGAAGACUGAAUAGGAAAAUAGAAUAAUUCCGACAAUUGUUGCGGACCAGUUCUGACUCUUGUUGCAAAUCCCAACGAGGCGCUUCAUCAAUUGGUUUGUUUAUUUGUCUUUCGGGCAGCAAGUCAAAGAGACACCCGACGUCUGAAAUACAUGUCCCUUGUCAUACACAUCUCUGCGGUCGUCAGAUGGUCCGCUGAUGACAUGCAGAGUGUGAAUGCGAGCGCGAAUGCGAACGGAACGGCGGGAAAUACAGGUCAACCUUGCAGUGGCUAUCCUGAAGCUGAAGGCCAGCAUGUAACGGUCGCGCCCAGAGGAAUUGUACCGCAUGGGAUCUACUACUGUAGUACUACUCGGCAAAAGGGGGCAUCUGCCGCAAGCAGGCUGAGCCUCACUCAGCUUGCUGCGAUUUUGUGCAGUGGUUGGUACCUAGAGCACUGGAGAGCACCAAUAAAUACUAAGGCACAUUUCGCAAUGGACUCUCCUGAUAAUGGUGUAUACCUACUGAGGUAUCUGCCCUGCUAUAGAUAGGUACAGUAGCAGUAUUAUCGGUAGCAGUAGGUCAACAACUUGCACAGACAUUUAUUAACAGUA